AUGAGUAAACAAGAUAUAGUCAAUGAGCUUCACAAAGCAGCAAGAAGAAAUUUUUCUCGUCAACAUACGAUUAUUAAAGGAAUAGAUGAUUUAUGGCAAGCUGACCUGAUUGAAUUUCAAAAAUAUUCCACGUUUAAUAAAGGAUAUAAAUAUGUUUUAGUAGUAAUCGAUGCUCUAUCAAAAUACGUAUGGGUUAGACCAUUGAAAACGAAACAUAAAAAUUGUGUCAAAAAUGCGAUGCAAAGCUUAUUAUCCGAAUCAAGACGAAAACCUAAAAAUUUACAAACAGAUCUUGGUACAGAGUUUUAUAAUGAUUCUUUUAAGAAUUUAAUGAAAAAUUAUAAUAUAAAUCAUUAUUCCACAUACUCCGUUAAAAAGGCCUCCAUUUUAGAACGAGUAAUAAGAACUUUAAAAACUCACCUUUACAAAAUAUUCAGUCUAUGCGGACGAUAUUAA